AUGGAGAAUGAUGGUUUGAUAAUUGGGAACAAUCAGGAUUCUCUGUUGAGCCAGAAUCAAUACAUAGAACCAGGACAUAGUCAGAGUUCACCUAUUGUUCAGAGUCAUAACUUUGGAUCAGCACACAACAUCAAUUAUCAUAAUUUGGAUGCAGAGGUUGGCAUUGACUAUGUUCAAGACGGGGGUUUAGAACACAAUCAUGACCAUAGUUUAGUUCUCAGGCAGACCAGUGAACAUGCUUUUGUUCAGCAACAUGGAGAUGUGCACCAUUUUAAAGAGAAUGGAAUAGGUUUUGAUGAAGGUGACGAUGCUACUGUAAAUCAAAGCCAUAUCAAUGGUGAAGAUCACGAAAAUCAGCUGGGCACUGGAGGUUCACAGGAGAAUCAUGAAAAUCAGGAGCUGGGUAUUGUUCCUAUGUCAGAUGUGAAUUUUCAACAACCAUUGGUGGUUAGAAAUUCUCUUGUCUCUUACUCUCAAGCAGUAGAGCUGACUGUUGGGCAAGAAUUCCCUGAUGUCCAUAGCUGUCGAAGAGCACUGAGGGAUGCAGCUAUUGCUUUUCGCUUUGAGAUGCAGACGAUCAAGUCUGACAAGGCUCGUUUCACAGCUAAGUGUGCGAGUGAGGGAUGCCCAUGGAGGAUUCAUGCUGCAAAGCUUCCUGGUGUUCCUACAUUCACAAUUAGGACAAUUAAUGAGGAACAUGCUUGUGGUGGAAUAAGACAUCUCGGUCACCUACAAGCAUCAGUUCAAUGGGUUGCAGAAUCCAUGAAAAGACGCCUAAUGGAAAACCCUCAUUGUACCCCAAAGGAGAUACUGGAGGAGAUUCAUCGAGCUCAUGGGAUCACAUUAUCAUAUAAGCAGGCAUGGAGGGCAAAGGAGAGAAUCAUGGCCACUUUUCGUGGAUCAUUUGAGGAAGAAUAUCACCUCCUUCCACAGUAUUGUGAUCAAAUUCGAAGGACGAAUCCUGGAAGCAUUGCAGUGGUUUAUGGGAAUCCUGUUGACAAUUGUUUCGAGCGCCUAUUUAUCUCGUACCAAGCAUCAAUUUACGGGUUUUUAAAUGCUUGCCGACAUCUCAUUGUACUUGGUAGAACUCAUUUGAAAAGCAAGUACCUUGGGACCUUGCUUUUUGCCUCUGGCUUUGAUGGUGAUGGUGCUGUCUUUCCGUUAGCAUUUGGCGUUGUUGACAAUGAAACUGUGGAUAAUUGGAUGUGGUUCCUCUCCGAGCUGCAUAAUCUGCUUGAAGCCAACACAGAAAACAUGCCAAAGCUUACAUUUCUUUCCGAAAGAAACAAGGGAACUAUUGACGGAGUAGAAGCUUACUUCCCUACGGCUUUUCAUGGUUUCUGCAUUUAUCAUCUCAUUGACAGUUUCAGGAAGGAUUUCAACAACACCAUCCUCCCCAACCUUCUAUGGGAAGCUGCUAAUGCUCUCACUAUGUUAGAGUUUGAGCAGAAAAUGUUUAUGAUUGAAGAGAUGUCAAAGGAAGCAGCCUACUGGAUAAGAAGCAUUGACCCACGAUUGUGGGCUAUGGCAUAUUUUGAAGGCACAAGACUUGGGCAAUUAACAGCUAAUAUAGGUGAAUCAUUAAAAACUCUAACACUAGAAGCAUCUGGACUUCCAAUAAUCCAAAUGAUGGAGUGUAUCCGUCGCAAACUGAUGACUUGGUUCUAUGAUCGUCGCGAAAUGAGCAUGCAAUGGACAAGCACACUCGUUCCAUCUGCUGAAAGGCAAGUGUUCGAGGCUAUUGAGCUUGCAAAAACUUGCCAAGUCUUCAAAGCAAAUGAUGCUGAAUUUGAAGUCAGGUCCAAUGAAGGAUCCCAUAUAGUAAAUAUUCGUAGCCGUCAAUGUUCGUGCUGUGGAUGGCAGCUUCGAGGAUUGCCCUGUGUCCAUGGUGUGGGAGCUCUCAUCUCUUGUGGGCAGAAUGUAUACAAGUAUACUGAAAGCUUUUUCACAGUGGCUAAUUAUCGAAAAGCAUACUCACAAUGCAUACACCCAAUUCCUGAUAGAGCACUUUGGAGAGAGACGUAUGAAGGAUUACUGAUGAGUGAUGUUGAAACUGUGAUAAACCCGCCAAACUCGCUUCAGCCACCACCAGGAAAACCAAGGAAGAAACGAGCGCGUGCUGAUGAUGGUGGCCGAGUUAAACGAACUGUGCAUUGCAGCCGCUGCCAUCAAAGUGGACAUUUUAGAACAACAUGUACAGUCCCCAUAUACAUGCUGCUGGAAUUCAAGUCUCUUUCAUUGUAUAGAAGGAACUCAGCUUUUAGUUUUGUUUAG